AAGUAAUAUGAGAGCGUUUCAAUUAAAUCUGUAAUUUAUUCUAGUCCUAUGCACCUUAGAAAAGCAACGAUCGAUUAGUGGUGUAAUUGCGACAUCAACAUCAAGUUAAGCAUAGAGAAUCUCAGAUAAAUGACUACAAUGGCGACGCACUAACAACACAUACGAAGAUGGAGCCGCUUUUUAAAAAUAUGUUACUAUUUCUUGUAGCAUUAACGGGAGUUUUUGAAGUAACAAAGGCUGUGGCCGAUGGCCCUAAUUUUCUGCAAUGUUACGAAGAGGUUGGAUUCGGUAAGAACAGACACUUUAGAUUUGCUGGAGGCGAUCGAGUCUCAGGAGUAACACCACAAGUAUGCAUGGAAGUAUGUACUAGGUAUGGUUUCAGUAAAGCUGCACUGUCGCGCGGAAGCAUUUGUUUUUGCGCAGACUCCCUCCCCGGGAUUUUCGCCGAUGCUGGUGCUGCGAACUGUCAAACUUUAUGUGACGGGGACGCUAAUUACUACUGUGGUGGUGAUGAUAGAUUCGUCAGUGUCUACGACGUACCGAUUAUUCCAGAAGAUUUGCAGGCCGAUUCUGUGCGAAGUUCUCCUGGGAAUUUUGGUUUGAGCCACGUAGAAGAGACGAUAAACGUGACAACAUCAAACAACCCAGCGGGUAUAAAAUACAGGAUGGAUUUUGGAGACGGUGCCGGUUGGACAGAGUAUAAUGAUAUACUAAGUACCUACAACACCAAGAAAUUUGCUCUACCCGGUGUAUAUAAAGUGAAAGCUGGGGCGAUAGAUGCUACUGAAACAAUAACGGAAGUAACUGAUUUUACCAGCGUCCAGAUUGCUGAGGCAGUCGAUGGCCCUUUGGUGAUCAAAUGCGAUGAUGUGGUAGAUACAUUGCACGCCACUGACAUCGAGGUGACUAUGUCUGCCACAGUUUACCACGGAACAGAUCCUAAAUUGAGUAUCGAUUUCCUUGAUGGUCUGGGAGAUUCAGUCCAAACAGCCAACAUGCCGACCCCGGGAAAAUCAACAGCUGGGCCUGGUAUCCCCUACCAGACAAACACAAAUAUAUUGACAACACCUUCUGCUGGUUUUUACAUCAUGCCCUCGUCUCAAUUCCCAACUGAUGGCAUUCUCGUGGGGUGGGAGCUAUAUGCGGCUAACCCGGGAACUGUCGACCUCUUGGUGUUGACUCCAGCAUCUGGGUGCACGUAUUGUUUCUCGGAAAACGACUGUGAUGGUUGCUCAGCUACAUGGCCACCUGCUUGCAACAUGGCGACUGAAGAUUUCUGCCCUGCGAACGGAGGAUGUAUAUUAGAUAACGAUCACUGUGACAGCUCUGUACCAGCAUCUAGGUUCUUCACCGGUUCUGCAGACUUUGCAACAAGAUUUUCAGUUGGAUAUACAGUGACACACGCGGCCUCUCAUACCAUUACAGCUGGAUGGAACUAUAUAGCUGUAGAUCCCUUGACCACUCCCGUUGAUGUUCUAGCUGGUGAUGUAAUAGGCUACGUGGAGACGUCAGCUGCCGGAGUCAUCGGCUAUAGAGCAACGACACCUGACGAUGAUGGAAUGGACUUUUUCAAAGCAGGGACGGCAGCACAAGGAUCCACACACACCGCUUCCUCUUUUGGCGACUUCAAUAACCGACGUCUCGUUCGCGCAAUUUCUGCAAAACCAUUAAGUGUGACAUUCACUCAUAAUUUCACAACGGCAGGGACCUAUAACACAGCUUGGACACUAGCUAAUCAAGAUACUAGUUUAGCCACAACCCCUGUCCAGGACAACUGUACCGUAGUUGUUAUUGAGAGCAUCGAUGAAGUAAUCCCUGACUGUCCCGAGCACUUUGCUUUGAAUGAAGCAGCGGACUGUAACGUGCUUCCACACAAAGGGUCUGAUGUAACCUAUACGUGGAACCAAGGAGAUGCAACGGCAACGGAUCAAAACGUAACUUUAUUGCCCAUCUCGUUUACCUACUCGACCCGAGGGACUUACAACAUCACGGUGAAAGCAUUCAAUCUACUCACCAGUCAAGAAAACUUCACGGAAAUAGUUGUACAAGAGCGGCUGACAAACCCAGUUCUCGAUGUUGCACCCGUAAUAACAGGAGAAAGCAUAACCAUCAUCUUAACUCUGGACACUGGUUCAGACUUCACGUGCGACUGGGACUUUGGAGAUGGACAGUCGGCUGUUUCAACGAGUGAAAUCGAUCUUGUAAUCAACGAACCACAUGUAUACGCUACUCCCAAUUGGACCCCUGGAUACACCGUUUCAGUCACAUGUUCUAACUUGGUGUCAACUGUUAGCAUAAGUGGGGUGGUCCCCGUUCAAGACUGUGUUACAAACUUGCAUCUUUUGAAUUGGGGUGCUGAAAAGGGAGCACCGUUUCACAUGGACUAUGCCAUGGAUUCUGGAAGUGGAGCUAGUGUAUCCAUCAUAUUAGAUGGCGUAGACAGACCUGUUACCCCAAAUUCAGAUGGACUCAGUGGUCAAACAACGAAUGAACACACAAUCGCCAACAGUGGAUUAUACGUUGCUGAAUUGAGAGCAUUCAACUUGGUAUGUGAUAUUACAGAGCCAUACAAUUUCACUGUAGAGAUGAGAAUUCAAAGUCCUACGUUUGGAGCAACCGGUGACAUGGUACCGGGUACAGAAAAGGAUUUAGACUCAGGUGAGCCUUUUACCUUCACUGUUGACAUGCUUUCCGGUUCGGGAGUGACGAUAGAGUGGGAUGCUACGGACUGUGGUGGAACCAAAGAAGAAUACUUCACCGGUGAACUUAUAGAUUGGAGCGGUCAACAGACGCACACGCACCUUUUUGACACUCCAACAACUUGUGAUUUCACCGUGAAAGUGUGGAACCCUAUCGAUACUAAUGGAACCACUAAAACAUACACAUUCAAUGUGUAUAAUGAUGUGAAGAACAUGAGAAUCAACGAAGGUCGUAGCAAUACCAAUAUUCCUGCAAGUGAUAACAUAUACGAGCCAUCAAUUGCUGAAAUCACAAUUGACAACGAUCCCCUCGAGGCACCGACCAAAGCUAGCAUGAGCUGCUUGAUGGGUGAUGGUGAAAUCAAGGAGUUUCAGGAAUUUGAUGUCUAUCCCUUUGUCUUCACCCAUGGUUUCCCUGGAGGUUUGGAUGGUAACGUUGUCUAUACUAUAUCCUGUAGAAUAUGGAACAAGAUUGGCGAACAGACGGUACAUAGCAUGGUCACUACCAUGGAGCCAAUACGAGGAUUGUCGACCCAGGUGUUGAAGUCGGAUGGAAACCUUACUUUGGGCAUACCUGUAGGUGAACCUGCCGUGAUACAAGUGCGCAUGUCAGGAAGUCAAGUCACCAUCAAUGUUGACUUUGGCGAUGGCUCUCCUCCAAGUACCCGCUAUGUUGAAGCCCCAGUCAUUUCUGAAUGGCAAGACUUCACACACACGUUUCCAAGCUCACCAAACAAUUACAAUAUAACAGUAACAGCGACUGAUGUCCUCGGUAGCACCUCUUUAACGUACCAAAUAGCUAUCCAACAUCCAGUUGACGUCAACCAACUAACCUGUGAAACAGAUUCUCCUAAGCCAUAUGGUGUGAACGGAGAACAAAACAUUGGAUUUACGUAUGGUGGUAGUGUGGUUAUUCCAACUGAUGCGUAUGUAAAACUGGAGUAUAACGAUGGAAAGAACACCAUCUAUCCUGACUAUCAACUCAACGAGGAGGACGUUCCACUUAGUUGUACAUCUACGCCAUGUACAGUCAACCCAGUGCGCACACACUUCUACCCAGGAGGCAACGCAGGAGAUGUGGUCGUAACAGUCUACAACUAUGCUUCCUCCGGAUCUAUAAAUUGUCCGGCUGGGGUUUAUGAACCCCUAGCUAAUCCCGUAAUUGAGUUGAAGUAUGUUCCAUUGCUUCCUCUCCAUAGCGAUCCCAUUCCAGGAUUGGGAACCUCAAACGAUCAGUUCCCCAGUAGUAUCCCUGUCAAGUUUUUUGCAUCAAUUGAAGGGACCGUUUCUGAAUAUGAAAUGAUGGCAACGCGUAGGGAAACAUUAGAGGUUUUCACUUGCAGCAGUGAAGUUACCCCGUUCGAAUAUCUUUUCCAGAAUAAACCUGGGGUUUAUGAUUUGGAGUUCACCUAUUCUAAUCCACUUGAAAAUAUGAUUGUCACGACAACAAUGACUAUUGUUAAUAGCGUCAACGGCAUUGUAAUGGACGAUUUUGGAAUCAUGAACAAGGCCGGAGAAGAGAAAGUGUUCCUAGUAGAAGGGGACCUCGGGACGAAUGCGUGCUUGACAUUUGACUUUGGUGAUGGGACGAUAGAAGUGUAUGGUUUAGCAUCAGACAACUGCGGGACAUCUGCGCUUCCCCCCGUUACACUUCCGCGUAACUUUACUCACGUAUAUACCGCUAACACACAAUAUGUUGCCCAAGUUAAAGCUGAGAAUUAUGUAUCCAAGAAUGAAUUCACUAUGUAUAUCACCAUAUCAGGCGCUUCUUGCCAGACUCCUUCAGUCAGUAUAAAGAACAAUGGAUCUACAGAUCCAAUUUCUGCUCACCAGGCCCCACUCGUACAAAAGAACAAAGCUAUUCAGCUCUUGGGAAUCGUGGAAAACCACUGUGAAGCAUCACCAGACAAUACCAAGCUAUGGACAGUAUUUAAAGUUGAUCCGAUUACAGGUAAAGGGGCAACAGCAGUCGACUUGACUGGCGUGACAACCAAUGCAGCAACGAUUGUAUUUCCAAAAAGGUUUUUCCCCGAGACCGUCGUUUAUGAGUUCAGAUUUUGUGUCUCAAUUGUGGUCAAUGAUGUAACGUUCGAAAACUGCGCUUUCACAUACAUAAAUAUAGUAAAGUCGGACAUUUCCUGCACUGCUUGGCCUGGCGGAGUGAGUCAGAUUACAGUUGGUGAGGAUGAAACUAUUGAAAUAACACCCGAGUGUACAGAUCCGGAUGACGUGGACAGUUCUAACAGUGUGAGAAAGCGAAGAUCUGUCAACGGAGAGGAAUUCUCAUUCACCUAUUGGUGCAGAGGCCUUGGUGAAAUAUAUAAGGAAGAUAGAGAAUCAGGCAGUAUUAGCACUGAUAUAUCUGGUCGCAGCAAGCCAAAGACUCGGGAAGAGAUAUUGGCAAACUCCACCUCUAAAGGGGGAUGCUUCCGAAAAGGACCAGGGGCAAUCGGAGAUGUUGAUGGUCUCUAUAGUGGACAAUCCUUAAAAUUUGAUACAAUAAACUUUCAGGCGAAUGAGUCCUACGAGUUGAUCGUUCAAGGAAGGAAAGAUAAUAGAAAAUUUGACACAAUUCUUUACAUCCACGUCACUACAGGAGCACCACCACCGGUUACAAUACGGUGUCUUCAAGCUGAACAGUGCGAACAGGGCUCGAAUGGACAGCGUUUACCACCUAAUUAUCGACUUGCUUUACAAGGCGAAUGUUCAAGAUGUGGUAGUCAAGGAUGUACAUUUGAAUGGAGGGGAUCAAGGGCUAGCCCUUAUACAGACAAACCCAACUCAUAUCAGAUAAUUAACAACUUUGCAUAUUAUGUUGAUGCUGUUGAUACUCAAGCCGUGGCCAUAAUGAGUACUCUGUUUAAAGACCAUCCGUCGUCCGAGAGUUUUGACAUCGAACUAAAAUGUACCAAGGUUAGCGACGGGGCCACAGGAAGAAGUCAUAUGAUUGUCAAUAUAAAUACACCUCCUCAUGGUGGAACUUGUCUCAUCAAAACACUUAAUGGUACAACCGUGGAGACAAAUUACAUCGGGGCCUUCGAUGACAAAUUUGUAAUAUGUUGCCAUGACUUCUAUGACAAUGAUAACGUAAAGAAAUAUAGAUAUGUCUUACAAAGUCCCGGGGUCGAGGAUACCCCUAUUUACUAUAAUUUGGAUUCUUGUGUCACGACAUCUUUCCCCUUUGGCACUUGGAAACUGAUGGCUGAAAUAUAUGACGACUAUGAUGCAUUUAGUGAAUACACCAUACUGGAAAGAAUAACCUUGGUCGAACCAUCAGAGGAGGAUGCAGAUGGUGCCCUUAAUGCCAUUCUGUCUGACGACGAUAGGAUUUUUUCCAAUGGUGACAGUUCUGCAAUGGUGAGUGUGGUGGCUAGUGUAGCCUCCUCACUAGAAUUGAUUAGCAACAGAAUGGAUGAAGAGAUGGCUGCGUCGAAUGUUCAAAUAGGCGAACCAUAUGGCGGCUUCGACGAUCCUAAACCAACUAACGUAACCAAAGAGCCAACGAAUUCGACCCUUACUCCAGAAGAACAAGAGAAGUUAAUACAAAAAGCGGAGGAAAAUAGAUAUCUGAAAGCACUGACUGUCCAGACAUGUAUGGCAGCUUUCACCGGAGCAAAUUUUGAUUCUGCAGAUCAGGCCUUAGAAAAAGUAUCAGCCAUUAAAGCAAUCACGAAGAACCCUAGCGACCUCUCAUUCUCUUCAUUGGCCACGAUGGGCCCCAUGGCGAGAAACAUUGUAGAUGUUUUAGAUUCUACCGAUGUUGUGGCAGAAGUAAAACAAGAAUUGGCCGGAGCAGUACUUGCCAUCUGUGGCUCACUCGCCAUGGGGCGCAAGAACCAAGCUCAAAAUCCUGGCUACUUAGAUAAAUUGGUUGCAGCGUCAGAUCCAAAGGCUAUGCAUAUUAAUAUGGACCCUCUUGCUGAAGGCUCGGAUCCACAAGAUAGAGCAAGUCAAAUUGAAAUGGCAAACAAGAGGAAAGUAAACGAAGAGUUGAAGAAGGAAGCUGCAAGUCUUGUUAACACUGUGGAGGGUGCCGGAGCAUCUGUAGCCAUGUCAAUGGUGGCUGCAGAAAAGCCCAAAAUCAUACAAUCACCCUACGUAAGACAAAUGAUUGAGAAGAACUCCGUUAAAAAUUUGAAAGGGAGAAAGAUGACACUUGGAGGUUGUGCCAUUGAAUUCCCUAAUGUAUGUGGCAGUAGCAAAGCUCCUCAAAACUGUGGAGACGAAACAAUAUGCAGCGUGGUUUUCAGCGAAUUUUCAACACUUCCUAUUAACGAUGAGAACGACCCCAAUAACCCUGAAGCACAAGCCCCAGCUAUGUCUAUCUACUUCGAGGAUGGCUCCAAGUUUGAGAUAUCGGACCUUGAAGAGCCAAUUGAUAUUGAUAUUGAAAAUACAAAUUCGGAACCGAUGGAUGAGGAAUCUGUUCCACCCCUGAAACCAACAUCCAAUUCCAAAGGGAAUUUGACGUUAUCCUAUAGGUCGAUUACAUUAGAAGAGAUCGGUGAUGUAGCAAUGUCCCUUGAGAUAGAAGUCACAAUGACAUCCAACGUCGAACAAAAUGUGUCGGUAUAUGUUAGUUUUGGGGACGAAUUCCCAAGUGUAAACAACGUCACAGAUAAGGUUGAGAAUUACGAAGCCUACGGAAAUUCUGCUGUUGGAAGCGACGAGACAAUCUACGUAUUUGUAAAUAAUACAAGGGUGAGAGAACUUAUGACAGAGACUGGUACAACUAUUGCCAAGGUCCUGAUAAUGAAUGCUACUGGAGAAUUUUCAAUCAAGACAUUCCAAAGAAGUUGUAGUAGUUUUGACCCCACGCAGAACAAGUACACUGACUAUGGAAUGGUUGUUCAACCUAAGACUGGGACAGAUAGUUCACUCAAGUGUGCGAGUACACAUUUAACAACAUUUGCCGGUGGAUGGGUCGUGGCCCCAAACACUAUAGACUGGGACUUCGUGUUUGCUAACAUGGAUUUUGCCAAGAACCUUACCAUAUACAUCUUUAUGAUAGUAAUCUUCACAUUGUACAUACUUGUGGCAAUUUGGGCCAGGAGACAAGACAAGAAAGACAUACUCAAGCUGGGUGUUACACCAUUGGCAGAUAACGACCCUCGGGAUAAAUACUACUAUGAGGUUAUAGUAUACACAGGACUCCGACAAAACUGUGGAACAAAGUCAAAGGUGAACUUCAUUCUGUCGGGUGAGCGAGACGAAACUGAUGUGAGGGAACUGAGUGAUGACAAGAGAGACGUUCUACAGCGAGGCAAUAUAGACUCAUUCCUUAUGACCACACCUGGGUCAUUGGGAGACCUUCAAUACUGUAGAAUAUGGCACGACAACUCAGGAAAGGGUCCAUAUGCAUCAUGGUUUUUGAAGCACUUCCUCGUUCAUGACCUUCAAACACACGAGAAGUUCCACUUCAUCGCCAACAAGUGGUUUGCUGUAGAGGAAGGUGAUGGACAAAUUGACAGACUGAUUCCUGUAGCAGGACUUGAGCAAAAGGUUGCAUUCGGUCAUCUGUUUGAACAAACAACAAGGAAGAAUAUGAGUGAUGGACAUCUUUGGUUCUCCAUCCUAACAAGGCCCCCACAGAGCAGAUUUACCAGACUACAGAGAGUAUCAUCGUGUCUCUCUCUACUAUUCUGCACCAUGUUGACGAACGCUAUGUUUUACCAAAGAGGAGAUGACACAGACAAUGUAUUUACAAUUGGACCAUUUGCCUUAUCUCCAGAAAUGAUUUCAAUUGGUGUGAUGUCCAACCUGAUUGUAUUUCCCGUCAAUCUUGCGAUCGUGAUGCUGUUCAGAAAGUCCAGAUUGAGAAAGAAGAGGCAGAGUCGAAUCCAGAAUGCAAUUCAGGAAAACAAGAAGAAAACACUAGCCAAAUCUGGAGCCGCAUCCGUGACUGAUAUAAAAGCUAAUAUUGGUGGAAGUAAGAGCCAGUUGACCGAAAAUGAUGAGCUGGAUAAGGUGGAGGUCAGACCCGACACUGCAACAUCCAUGAGACCAACAACCGCAUCCGGAACCAAAGGUACUAAAAAGAAAAAAGGACCUUGGAUGUUUCCCUGGUGGGGAAUUAUCAUCGGCUGGAUUCUCGUCUUCGUGUCGGUGCUUGGGUCAGCUGUCAUGGUUCUAUUUUAUGGUAUAGACUUUGGAGACAUCAAGUGCAAACAAUGGAUCUCGUCUAUGAUUAUGUCCAUGUUCAUGUCUAUCUUCCUCACUCAGCCUAUCAAGGUGUUCUUGAUAGCAAUCUUCUUCUCUCUGGUGUUCAAGAAGAGUGAAGAGGAAGACGAAGAUGUAGAGCAAGAUGAAGAAGAGGUUGAACUGCAGCAUGAUGAGGAAUUGCUGCACAGUUCAAGUAUCACAGCUCCUCUGAACGCCAAGCCAAGAAAAGUCGCGUACAGACCACCCGAUCCGAAAGCUCUCGAGAAGGCACGAGAACACCGAGUAAAGGAACUGAAAAUGUUUGACAUCAUCAGAGAGAUUGUAUUGUAUGGAGUGUAUCUGUGGGUAUUAAUGGUGAUCAGCUAUGGCUUUAGAGACCCGGAUGCAAGACGUGUUGUUGAAAACAUGGAGUCUUUGUAUGUUGAGAGACCUGACUAUGAAUUGAACUUUACAAAGAUUCGAACCAACAAGGAUUUUUUCCACUAUCUGAACCAAACCCUCAUCAGAGGCAUUCGGGCUCAGUCAUGGUACAACGGCGAACCUCCAUUCGGACAGCGAGGGUUCACCGGAGACAGGGUGGGACGAUUGAUGGGAUAUGUGACUCUCAGACAGUUGAGGAUAAAACCAGGUGGAUGUCCUACUCAGAAUGUCGUAGCUCACUUGGUGAGCGAGUGCAACACGGAAUACUCCAUAUUUAAUGAGGACGAAGACGACUAUGGAAUUGGCUGGGCUCCCGCGAAUGGCACAAAUAACAAGACCGAAUACAAGUAUAUGACAUCUGGAGAGCUUGAUACAUACCCGAUAUGGGGAAAGCUUGCUAUGUACGGCGGAGGUGGAUACGUUGUUAAAUUAACUGGCGACAUGUACGCUCUAGAAGAUCGUAUAGAGGAACUGAGACAGGAUGAAUGGAUUGACAAAUACACCCGUGCUGUUCUAAUUGAGUUCUCCGUGUAUAACCCAUAUGUUAAUAUAUUUGUGUCCUCUGUAAUGAUAUGUGAAUGGAUUCCAAGUGGGGGAAUAUUUGUCUGGUUCAGAUUUGAACCCCUCAAUCUGCUGUCGUACUAUACAUCUUCAAUGUUGUUCCAAGUUGCCUGCGAGAUCGUCUAUGUUUUGUUUAUCCUUUACUUCAUCGUACAUGAGAUAAGACAGAUCUAUAGAGAACGAUCGAAGUACUUCAAACAAUUCUGGAACUGGGUUGAGGUGAUCGUGAUUGCAUUUUCACUGGGAGCGUUGGCUACAUACUUCUAUCGUCUCAUCAUCACCAAUGGGUUAACGGAAAAAUUUAUAAAAAAUGGAAGCAAUGGUCACAACAACUUCCAAUAUGUAGCAUAUUGGAACGAAAUGCUGAUGUACAUGGUCGGAUUCUUAUGUUUCAUUGGCACAAUCAAAUUUAUACGGCUUCUCAGAUUCAACAAACGAAUGUCUCUUCUGGCUGCAACAUUGAAACACGGCGCAACACCUCUUAUGGCGUUCGGAAUCAUAUUCUUCAUUGUCUUCUUCGCAUUCGUCCAGUUCUUCUUCCUUCUCUUGUCGAAGGAGUUGAAUAACUUCAGUUCGAUCAUCAACAGCGCUGAGACAACAGUUCAGAUGAUGUUGGGAAGGUUCAGUUUCAACAGUAUGAAGGACGCCCAGCCUGUCCUGGCCCCGUUCUUCUUCUUCUUGUUCAUUAUCUUCAUCUACCUGAUUUUGAUCAACAUGUUCGUGACGAUUCUCAAUGAGAGCUUCAGCGUGGUAAAGAGUGAUAUCGACAAACAAUCAAAUGAAUACGAGAUGGUCGACUUUAUAAUGCAGAGGUUCAAGGGCUGGACUGGAUUCGGAGGUGAAGAGAACGGGAAGAAACCGACGAAGGGUCAAGAUGAGAAAGACCUCGCUGGAGGCGUGUCCCCUGCCUACCAAAAAGAGAUCGACAAUUUCCCUGACAAGGUCGAGCGACUCCUUAACUGUAUCAGCAAAGUCUACUUCGACCAGGACCGCUUUGACCAGAUAUUCUUGGACUCAAGAAACAUGAACAUGACGUCAAAGGAAGCAUUGAAGGAACUUAUGAAGGAUAAAGAGGCCAAAAAGACAAUCGGCGAGGCCUCUGGACGUAAACGCAUGAAACAACCAUCCAUGACUGAAGUUGAACAUUUAGAACAGUCAAUCUACAAACUGUAAGAUUUCUCAAUUGGAGCAGAUAUUGCAAGCAGAUUGGACUGAAAUGUUUAUCCUUAAAAUAAUUGAUCAUAAAUAUUUGUUUUAGAAGUGAUUAAUACGAGUCAAGAUUAUUAUCUUUAAAAACCAUCUGACAUUCAGCUUAACAUCAUCCGUCCAGAUAUUUGAAUAUUCCUGCCAUGUUUUAAACAUUUAAUACUUGUAUUUAUUAGUUUUUUAUUUUCUAUAUUUCCUUUCAAAUUAUGUUUACUCAAUCCGUCCAGAUAUUCUAUAUAGACAUUUCUCAGGCUUUCACUCCGUCCCCUUAUCAGAAAUCCGUCCAUUUUCUGAAAACUGUUUUAUCUAACUGUGAUAAUAUCAUCCAACAUUUUUUGGUUUUGUCUUGUUGAAACAUCUCUAUAUUGUGUCGUACCUUAAACAGUGUUAUUUAAUUAUUUGAUGAAAUAGUGUGUUCAUCGAAUCAAUAUGAGUAAUGUGAAUGUAAUAUCCUCUAUCAACUAUGACGAUGUGAGUCUAUGUAUUAUUGUUAAAUAUCUAGAUAUGUUAAUGCAUUGAUGGAAACUUGACAAAAGUCAACUUCAACGUGUAUUCAAUUCAUUCCUUUUCAAUCAUUGAAAAGUAAUGAUUGAAAUGCAAUGUCUGUAUUUCAAGCCCCCCACCCCUCCCAUUUAAAUCAAUUCAGAAAUGUGAUUAGCUGCAAUGAAGCCAUUUCGGUUGACAACACUUCUAAUGGAAAGCCAUGUAAAUGUAAAUUCAGUACGGGAAAUUAACUAUUUUUAAUAUUUCGGUUAACAUGUGUCCUCACAUUAUCGCUUGCGCAGUGUGUAUUUUCUUAUAUAGGAAUAUCUGAUAUGUAUGUCAAACGUGCGAACCAUAAGGUGAGCUGGUCUGCAAAUGAUUGGCACGUUUGAUUGGAUCGAAAAAUUGGACGAAAAUUGAACAUUCUAUCAACGUACCAAAAAUAAGCACUACUUAGGAAAAACUAGGAAAUGGGGGCUUGGAAUACACAAUGUAAAAAGGACAUAUGAUUCACUGAUUAAGAAAUGCUUCUUGUUUUUUUUGUAUUCUUAGCAAUAUCUGUGAUAGAAUAAUGCCGCCCGAGCAAUGCUGUGAUAAAAUUAUUCGUUCAUACCAUAUGUUAUAAAUUAUAUAAAUCUUGGAUAAGUGCUUGAUUACUCGAUGCUAUCUUUCCUAUUAUUGGCUCUGUCAAUAUGAACUUAAUAUUUACAUUAUCUUUUCUAUUUCUUUUAGUAUGUUAAUAAAAUUACUCUUUAAUUGCAAAACGGUGUUUGUUAUACAAUCGAAUAAACGUUAUAAUGUUGAACGUAAUGGCGAUACCAUUUUCCCGUUUUUAGUAGUAGUUAUCUCUAGGAUAAGCUAGACAUGUCUCCCUUGGAUAAUAUAGCAUAACUGAUUUCAGAUUUCAGCCUGGCAA